CAACCCUCGAGCGCACCCAAUCGCCAACGAAGGCACACUCCAAACACACAAUAUCGAGAAAGAAACAGCGCCACCAUGUCGCUCACGAAUUGCCGCUUCUACGAGGAGAAAUAUCCUGAAAUCGACUCCUUCGUCAUGGUCAACGUCAAGCAGAUCGCCGAAAUGGGAGCAUACGUCAAGCUGCUGGAAUACGACAACAUCGACGGUAUGAUUCUGCUAUCCGAACUGUCGCGACGACGUAUUCGCUCUAUCCAGAAACUCAUCCGCGUCGGUCGUAACGAGGUCGUCGUUGUACUGCGUGUGGACAAGGAGAAGGGAUACAUUGAUUUGUCCAAGCGUCGAGUCAGCCCUGAGGAUAUCAUCAAGUGCGAAGAGCGGUACAACAAGAGCAAAAUGGUUCACAGCAUCAUGCGACAUGUGGCCGAGAAGACGAACACACCGAUCGAGGAGCUUUACCAGGACAUUGGCUGGCCACUCAACAAGAAGUACGGCCAUGCGGUCGACGCCUUCAAGCUCAGCAUUACCAACCCGGAUGUGUGGAACGAGGUCACCUUCAAGAAUGAGGUCAUCAAGGACGAGUUGAUCAGCUAUAUUGGCAAGAGGCUCACACCGCAGCCCACCAAGGUUCGCGCUGACGUCGAGGUCACAUGUUUUGGCUACGAGGGCAUCGACGCCGUCAAGACUGCUCUGCGCGCCGCCGAAGCAAAGAACACUCCAGACACGCAAGUUAAGGUCAAGCUUGUAUCGCCGCCACUCUACGUCCUCACCUCGCAAACCAUCGACAAGAACAACGGCAUCGAGGUGCUCAACGAAGCUAUCAAGGAGAUCGACAACAACAUCCGCGGCGCAGGAGGAAACUGUGUGAUCAAGAUGGCACCAAAGGCAGUUACGGAGAACGAUGACGCCGAGUUGCAAGCGCUCAUGGACAAGCGUGAGCGUGAGAACCAGGAAGUCAGUGGUGACGAAGACGAUUCAGAAAGCGACGAGGGCAUUGUUGCGGCGCAUGACUAGAAGGACCAGCGUGGCGUCAGGCGUUCGGGAAAUACUGAAAAUGCGACUUGAGUGGAGAGUCAGGAUGCUCAAGAUCCUAUGGGAAGGGCAUCAUGCAUGCAUAUGCACAUGAGCAGCGACAGGCAUCGGCAGGGGCAGCACAACUAAUGUGCGCGGAAGAAAAGCAUGUAUGGCAUAGAGAGCUCACGAAAGCAUUCCGUGCCAGAACAGAUACGACUUGGAAAUGAAGCAUGGCUCUCUAUCACG